AUACAACCCAUUCGAAGUUGGAGAAAAGAUGUGUACCAAGCAGUACGUGUUCUACCGUUUUGAAGAAUAUGCUUCUGCUUGCUGAGGGUCAUGGCAUUGGUCUCUAAUGUGCCAUUAUUGUGAAUGAUAAAACAUAUUUUGGUGGAGAUUUGUAGCUGAAAACUUGGAAUCUAUUCGAUGGGUACCAGAAAUAAUUCUAUUCGUAUCACCAUCAUUGGUUUGAUGAUCUUCUUGACUGUUAUUUUCCUCCACACCACUUCUCAUGACGUAACAGUUUGGCUUGAACUGUAUCGAGGUUCACCAGGAGGUGGGCAGGAUCAGAUGACCAUCAGCCAAGUUGAAAAUGUUCAGCACAAUCAAGAGCAGAGAAAAGAGCUUUUGAAGAAGGGUUGUGCUGCCUUGGGAUACAGCCAACGCUUCGUCAACAAGAACCUUGAUCGUGCUGCUCUGAGGAAGUUCUCUCGAGUCCACGUGAUACCCGAGCUCAAAGUCAUCUACUGCCCAAUCCCCAAAGUGGCGUCGACAUCCUGGCGACGACUUCUCCUGACUGCCGUCAACAAAGAUUCAUCUUCACCUCAUAAAAAAAGCAAGCGAGUGUUUCCAAACCUGGCGUCCUUCCCUCCGAUGGAUGCAAGGAGGAUCCUACGGACAUAUACAUCGUUUCUUUUCGUUCGAAAUCCAUAUGCCAGGAUCCUGUCUGCGUACAAGGAUAAAAUUCUCACUGGUGGGAAAUCGAAAGCGAUGUUCCGAUGGGAGGUCUCGAAGUGGUACAAACUUCACGACCCAAAGGAAUUGGAACGCAUGAAUUCUUCGAAGCGCUUCACAUUCAAGCAAUUUGUCAACUACUAUACAAAGUCAACAGUUAAAAAUGCCCACUGGGAGGACAUGAUUGAGCUAUGUCAUCCUUGCAUGAUCAACUACGAUUUCAUUGGCCACCUUGAGACGCUCAAAGAGGACUCGGAUUAUCUGGUGAACCUACUGAACAUAGGGAUGUCCUUUCCAGAGGAGCACAGACAACAUCAGACUAAUAGCUCUCAAGGAGACACCCUUCAGACUUUCUAUUCACAAUUGGCUGGAGGGGAGUACAAAGAUCUUUCAUUCAGCAAGGGUCUUGCUAGAGAUGCCCUUCUUUUUGGUUAUGACACUCCUGACAGUAUCAAACGCAGCUAACCAAUUCUCAACAACAACGUGACAUCGCUCUAGAGCAUUUAAUUACUUUGACAGAUAUUGCAGUUCUUGCAUCUGAUCAUGCUGAUUGGCCAAGUGCAACAGAACUCUUUAUGACAAUCAUGACCAUUAUGACAUCCUGUCUUUCAUUUUGAUCGCUUUAAAAUAUCAUCCUAUGAUGAAUAUUCACUAGAUCUGGGGCCUGUUGCAGAAAGUUGCGUUUAAACGUAAGUCAAAAUAUAAAUCGUAACUCCCAAAUGCGCGCUGUUGAUUAGUUGAAAAUCAAGAUGCGCACGAUUUUUAGAGUUGCGAUUGAUUGCAACUCUUUAUGCAACGGGCCCCAGGGUCAUCUGCGUAGUUCAAAUUAAACCCAGUUGCUCUCAUCUGUGGAAAGCCAACAGCAUCGUCAUCUAGGACGUUCACAUUGUUCGUUAAUAAUUAUGAGGAAGGCUAUACAUGCAUAAUCAUGUUUGCCAGUUAAGACUUCCUCUUUUCGUUUGCAAAGGGACAGUGAGUACAUGCACAAAGUUAUGACUUCGAAUGCUUUCCAUAGUUUAGAUCCAUGGGAUCUGACCAAUGGCAACUCUUUGUGAAGCAGGGCUCUGGUUUUGAUACUGGGUACUUCCAGGACCCUGUCUGACAACGAGUUGCGAUGGAAUUAAAUCAGGUCUGGAUUCAAUUCAAACUCAAAUUACGUUUACUAGGAACGGCAACUCCUCUCUCUUAAUACUGUCUGUUCAUUUUGAUCAAUCUCAAUUUGAAUUUGAUUUGAAUCUACCAUAACACUUUGUACGACUAAUUAUUGUGAAGCGCUUUGAACAGUCGUAGAUAGAUAAAGCGCUAUAUAAAUGCCAUUUAUUAUUAUUAUUAUCAUGACGACAUGGCCCAAAUCACUUGCAGGAGUAGAAAAGACAUAAAAGUAGCCCACAUCCAUGACAUCAGUAUGUUUCUUUCUAUAGCAUAGGCACAAAUCAGUUGUAUCUCGGCUGUUUAGCAUGAUAUUUGCUACGGAGGUAAUUGCUCCGAUGGAAAAUAUGGUACGUUAAAACCUAACUUCCAAAACUAUAAUAAAACCCUAAUCCUUAUCUUUACGUUAUUCUGAACGGAAAAUAAAUUACAAUCCUAACUCUGAGAUAUCAAGACAGGAGUAAAUGUCGUGUCACCCUUAACUCUUUGCACACUGAAUUAAUUUUGGGGAUAAUAAUGACAAUUGUUUCCAUGUUAUUUUCCUUAAUUCAAGAUUUCCAUAUUGCACCAUUGAUACUCACUAUUAUUGUUAUAAUAUAGAUGCUAUUCAAGAACCUAUACCUUUUAUUAGCUUUUCUAAUUUGAAGGUAGGGGAGAAAACUAAGUAUUACGUUUGUUGAAUUCAAUUGUACGAAUGUGCAAAAUGGCAACAUCAGCGCGCAGAGGGUAAAGCUCCCCUUUUGAUAGGCUAUUCGAAGAAGAAAACCCAAUCACUGAGGAAGAGGAAGCUGCUCAUUGAUUUUGCCCGUGUUGGCAUUGUUGUUCCUGAAAGAAUUUUAUAGCGAACUCAGUUUUUUUAUGGAGAACAAAAGCUAGAGAGAUGAUGUUUUUACUGAGUCAUUAUAAGUGUACAUUUUAAAGGGGAAAUAUGAAAUUCAUCUUUAUACCAAAGGAGGCAAUUGGGCAAUAACUACACCAUUUUAGUAAUGUGUAAUUCCGUGGGGAUGAGGCUUAUCCCGAAAGUCGUAUAGUUUGAUAUUUUUCACUAAUGCAUUUUUUCUGCAAUGUAAUAAUAGCGUAUAUGAACAUCAACUUCGCAGACGCUUUUAGGAACGUUGAGAAUCUAUUGAAAAUGCCCGUCAAAUCACAACGGACAGAUUAGAGGUCAUUGUCGAAAGUUGGAGGACCGGGACAGCACAUCGUCUUAAGAUUCAGACCGAACGAAAAAAUGCAAAUAUGUCGUUUGUCCACAGUCCAGGACGAUACUGCUGUUUUGAUUCACCGAUUUUCGACAAAGGCUGCUUUGUUAUGAAGGCUUAUUAUAAUCACUCGGGUCGCGUUCGCGUUCGAAAUCACUCGGGUCGCGUUCGUAAUCACUCGGGUUUUUGAUUUUUGGCGAUUUUUUUUAUUUCGAUGCGAUUUGAUGUCUUCAAUGGGACAAACACGCUGGGAAAAUGAAAUGAAAUUGAAAUUCUAGUUUCGUGUUAAGCCGGCAAGUGCCUUAAAUAAAAUGCACUCGCCUACUGCUGUUUUUAUACGAGGACUCCGAGUCGGAACUUGCCAUAUCUGCCACAUCGAUAUUACAUCGUCAUUCCCAUGUGCGGACAUGCAUGCCUGCAUGCAAUGGCCCCAAGGCGGGACCCGGCCACGGUCGGACACGGCGUGCAUCGGUAGCAUGGAGCAAGGUAACGUGAUCUACGCCGAUAUUUUAUAUCCGAUUUUCCCUUCAAGGGGCAUGAUCGAAGAUUGGCAGGUGAUCGCCGAUUGUGGUAAAAUCGGGAGCCGAUUUUAAAAUCGGUUAAUUAGAACAGGUACAAUUACGAUUUUAAAAUUAAUUUAAAAUCGAUUUCCAAAAUCAAUUUUAAGAUCGAUCUAAGAUCAAUUUUAAAUCAGUUUUAGUAUUAGUUUUUAAAAGCCCAUUCACAUUUUUACUGAUGCUGACGAAAAGGUAGUUUGGUUGUCAGAGCAUUAUUUGUCCUGCGUCUAAAUAACUAUGUCCGAUCGAGGGACCGUUUUAAUUUCGGAAAGGUAGGAGAGACAGAGAGAGAGAAAGACUGAUCCCCGUUCAGCUCAACGUAUACGUUGUAUGGAAGCAGGAGACCGUCAAAAACACGGAUAUACGUCGUGUCGUAAUUCAAUUUACUACACGACGUAAAUAAUUACGUAGUGUAGUAAUUCGAAUUACUACACGACGUAAAUAAUAACGUAGUGUAGUAAUUCGAGUUACUACACGACGCAAUUCUGAAUUACUGCCCAACGAUUUAAUGUCAUGACGUUAAAUGAAUUAGUGUCGCUACAUCAAAUAAUUAAGGUCGUGUAGUAAUUCAGAUUACUACACGACGUAAAUAAUUACGUAGUGUAGUAAUUCCAAUUACUACACUACCUAAAGAAUUACGUCGUGUAGUAAAUAAUUACUACACGACGUAAUUCCGAAUUACUGCUCAACGAUUUAAUGUCAUGACGUUAAAUCAACCAAUGGGAUCGUUCGUUAUAAACCUAUAAAGCAAUGCCAGCGCGGGGGAACUUGAAUGGCGGCCGAUCGCGCUGGACUUAUCGACCAAUAGCGCCCGACCAAUAAGGAUUUUGAAGAUAGUGAACUAUAAACAUAGAGAUGUAUACUAAUUACUAGUCAUAGAGACAUCUCUAUGUUACUAGUAUACAUCUCUAUGACUAUAAAUCAAUAGAUUUUGUGUACCGUGUCUACAAAAGCACGAAUUGAAAUUGAAAGUAAGUUAAAAGAUAUCGGUAUCAAGAGUAAACGAUUAUCUAUUGAAGUUGGAACGAAAAAACUUAAAAACAUCGAUUAGCAUUGGUAAUGAUUAAUAAUUAUGUAUUGGAAGAUGUCUGACAUUGUGUUUUAUUGCAAGACUUAAGGGGAAGAAAAUGAUGUUUAAUUUAUGAGUUGUCAAGGUAUGCAUCAAUUUGUAAAGACAUCCGACUUCUAUUUGUUAUAUGUAUUUUAUUUUGUAUAUGAAUUGAAGUUGU